AUGGAGCUGUUGUUCCAGGACAGACGGUUUCUCUCUGUGAGUGAUGACGUACACUGGUACCUUCAGAAACCUGGAGAAGCUCCUAAACUCCUGAUUCAUGAUUCUACAGGCCGUCAGUCUGGAGUUCCUGAUCGUUUCAGUGGAAGUCAGUCAGGAACAGAUUUGACUCUGACCAUCAGUGGAGUCCAGGCUGAAGAUUCAGGAGUUUAUUACUGUCAGCAGGAUGAAGACACCCCGUUCACACAGUGA